AUGGAGCACCGUGAAACGCAAUCGCAACCGGUAGGCCCAUUCCGUAAAUCUUGGGUGCCGCAACGUCAAUUGUCCCGGGUGAAGGCAGCUGCCACAGAUUUGCACAUAAAUAACCGCGGGAAAGCCCGAGAGUUCCAAGAACAGCAAAAAUCUGACAUUCGAUUGGCGAAAGAUGGAACCGAUGGAUCGAGGGAACAUUGGAAGGGUGCAUCCAAGCAGGAGAAUCAAAAAGGAAUAAGAAUUUCCGUCGGUAUUGAAUGUCCCCGGGAACUGACAGGUUUCCAGAAGGUCGUGCUUCAAGCCAGUCAGCCCUUUAACAAGAUGGGCCUUAGAAGCGACAAUCCAGUUGCUCGGGUUGGGUUUUGGUUUGUCCGUGUCGGUUACCGGGAGAGCGCAUUUGCGUAUGCAGUGGCCGCAGCAGGUGUCACGCACAGUGUUGCCAGGGCUUGUGCUCAGGGACGAUUGAUAUCGUGUGGCUGCGAUCCAGCCGUUAAUCGGAAAGGGAUGAGCAAGUCGCUGCGGGAAAGUUUGGAGAAGGAAAAGCUACGAUUUCUGGAUGCCAUUAAUGAGAAUAGCAUCCUCGUUGAUGAUAAUCUUAAGAAGCUGAGGAACAAACAGGCCAGCCGCUGGAAAUGGGGAGGCUGCUCGCAUAAUAUGGCUUUCGGGGUGGAAUUUUCAGAACUAUUUCUGGACACCCGGGAGAAGGGAGGGGACAUCCAGUCGCAAAUCAACUUACACAACAAUCAUGCUGGAAGGAGGGCCGUCUCCAACAAUAUGCAGGUCCGCUGCAAGUGCCACGGAAUGUCCGGCAGUUGUCAGCUGAAGACGUGCUGGAAAUCGGCGCCCGACUUCCGGGUCGUGGGCAAAGUGCUGAAACAACAGUACCGUAGGGCGGUGCUCGUUGAUCAGUCCAACUUCGGCAACGGUCCUCCGAUGAUCGUGUAUCACAAACCAAAGAAGCGGAAGCACGCCAAGAAUGUGCGGCCACCUCGACGCAUCAAGGACAAGCAACAGCAACAACAACAGCAGCAGAAACGACAACUGAUGGAAAAUCAGAAGCCACAGAUGAUGCCGAUUAGCCGAGCCAAUCGGAAGAUGGAAAAUGCUCUGUUCUACUACCAAAGAUCGCCGAACUUCUGUGAGCGGGAUCAGGUGUCUGAUAUUCCAGGAACUGUUGGACGACGAUGUAACAGAACCAGCAGUGGCAGCGAAGGUUGCGCGUCAAUGUGCUGCGGUCGAGGCUACAAUCUGAUCCGCGAAAAGCGAGUCGAUCGAUGUAAUUGUAAAUUCCACUGGUGCUGCUACGUGGAGUGCGACGAUUGCGAAAUCGAAGAGUGGAUCAGCGUUUGUAAUUAGGCAAAAAUGAGCGCUUUGUCGGUCAGCUUAGGUUGAACAAUACCAAUCCUCAUGUUCAUCGGUCAGUAAAUUCGAUGUUAACUUCGAAGAAUAGAAAACACAUUGAACCCGCUUUCGCUAGAAGCGUUCCAACUAUGGAGCUAGAUACUUUAAAGAGCUAGAAGCAUUAAAACCAGUUGACAGUAAUGAAUGUUUGAAUUGGAACAAUUGAAUUUCAAUCAGAACUUAUAACAUGCCAUAGCAGUAUUACUAGAAAAUCAAAGUAUAUUAGCGCAGACUCCGAAACAACUCUAUGAAUCUAUUUGUUCUAGCCUUACAUUUUUCAUAAUUAGGUAUUCUGUACAUUCAUAGACGGCGAUCACGAAUGGCAUGAUUGCACCACUUUCAUUUGUGUAUACCACUUUAGGUUACAACCUCAAUAACGAGGGUCCUACUUAAGUUUAUUUGAUAGGUGUAUUUAUUUGUUUCUCAGUACCUGUAAAUAAAGUGAGGUUGUACCUUUCCUUUAAUGUUAAGAGAACAUAACUAUAAACAGAUUGUUUUUCCCGCCUUUACUGCCUUCACCUACUCCCAUUUAGAUAAAU